AUGUACUCCUCCCAGUCGCUGUCCGAUCAGAACAUGGACCCGAAUUCUCCGGAACUGUUCAAGGCAAACAUACGACUUGUUCAAGAGCAGUUGAACCAUGUUCGUAAUCUAGCGAGAGAAUCCUUGGACGGGAUCGAAAGAGCUUACCUUCCCCAGAUAAGUCCUGCGCAGACAGCAGCCAACAUCGCGAAUCUCAAGCAAGCCCUUUUCACCCUGAACGAGCUCCUGCGAUCUACUGGCGUUGGUGGAUUGCCUGUGCUUACCCCUACAGCUACCGCAGCACCUCCAGAGGAUCAACUCGCCGAUCAGACGAACAAGACGAUCAACUUGGUCUUCAACCGUCAGAGCAAGAAUCAAGAGGCUGCUGCAGACGUUGCCCAUAUUCUCGCUGCACCAGAGCAGGCCUUCCGUCGAUGA